AUGGCUCAGCCCAGCAACAACAACGACACCACGUCGUCCCUCACCGCGACGUACACCUCCCCCACCAACGCCCCCUUCGCCAUCACCAAGACCAUCCCCGCGCCAACCACCACCUCCUCCUCCAGCGCCGCCGCCGCCGACAAGUCGCGCUACCUCGAGGCCCUGCGCGGCGCCGUCGCCGAGACGCAGGACCAGGUCAACAGGGAGCUGACGGCGCGCAUGGACGAGGACAAGGCGCGCGACGGCACGGCAUCCGCCGCGGCCGUCGACGAGGCCAAGGAGGAGGAAAACUACGGCGAGGACGUCCAGGAGGAGGAUUGA